ACAGUUCACGUGAGUCCAUUGAGGCAUUUUUUUCCACAGUUCAGCAAGCUUUGGACAGCUAUAUAAUGCAUGCUUCACAUCUUCCAUGUGUUCUCGGCAAACAUCACAGCUGCCGUUUUGGAUAAUCUUUCUUCGAACCAGGUUGUCUUUGGUUGGCAAGGAGUUCUUGGUUGCUCUCCAAACCAAGUUCUUCACUUUGCUCGGUACGGGGAGGUUCCAAAUAGCUUGCCACAACGGUUUCAACCUCGAAACAUCAGAUUGACCAGGCUGUGCAUUCUGGUGCCCUUGUUGCAAGAACUGAUACCCAGAUUUAAUGUCGUCAGUUAUUAGCCGCUUGUCGUUAGUUGGUGUAACUCACUCCGUAAUAACUCCGUCCAAAUCAAACAGGCUUUCCAACGGAAACCGUUAUCGUUCCUUUCCUCUCAAUCUCUUUGUAUUCCUCACAGCCAGUUAUUAGCCGCUUGUCGUUGGUUGAGUAUCUCUGUUUUUUAUGGAUUCUAAGCCAAAUCUCAAAAAGGUGUCUAUUGGGUCUUGCCGUGGAAAGGGAGAGGCAGAGGAUCGGGAAAGGUAGGCUGGAUGGGUUGGGUGUUGAAUUGCCGUGGGUCUGAUUGGCUUGCCAUGGGUGUGAUUGAGGAGGAGCUGGGAGGAAGGUAAUGGCAGAGUUUUCGUAAAAGGGAAAGCGUGAAAAUCAGAGUCGGGUAGGGAAUGGGUUUAAGACGUUUUUUUUUUUUUGGGUUUUGGUUUUAUUGUUUUAUGUUUUAUUAUUAAUUUUUUUUUAAUGUUGUGCUGAUGGAGAAAAUUAUGGAAGUUUCAAAAGUUUUGGUUUUAUAUAUAUAUAUAUAGAUUAGGCUGAGACUGUUUCUAAAUUCUAAUUUCUAAACUCACUCUGAUGGGGAGCAUUAACGAGCCACUAUUACCGGAAUCGACAACCACAGAAGUUGGACUCAAAGAUGAAGAAAAGAAAAAUCUUUCAUCAAGGGUGUGGAUUGAAUCCAAGAAGCUAUGGCAAAUCGUGGGUCCCGCCAUCUUCAGCCGCAUCGCUUCUUACACCAUGAACGUUGUCACCCAAGCCUUCGCUGGCCGCCUUGGUGAAGUUGAACUUGCUGCGAUUUCCAUUGCCAACACUGUUAUCGUUGGCUUCAAUUUCGGCCUACUGUUAGGGAUGGCAAGUGCGUUAGAGACAUUGUGUGGGCAAGCAUUUGGUGCGAAGAGGUACCACAUGUUGGGAAUAUACAUGCAAAGGUCAUGGAUUGUGCUAGUCCUAUGUUGUUUCUUGCUACUACCCUUCUACGUUUUCGCCUCUCCGCUGCUGAAACUCAUAGGACAACCCGAUGACGUGGCAGAGGCUUCAGGUGUGGUGGCCUGUUGGUUAAUACCAUUGCAUUUCAGCUUUGCGUUUCAGUUCCCAUUGCAAAGGUUCUUGCAGUCCCAGCUGAAGAACAUAGUGAUUGCUUGGGUUUCUUUGGUGGGUCUGUUGGUGAAUGUGUUGACUAGUUGGCUAUUCAUUUAUGUGUUGGAUCUUGGCCUUGUGGGUGCGGCUCUUGCUUUGGAUAUCUCCUGGUGGGUUUUGAUUUUUGGAUUGUACGGCUAUACUGCCUUUGGUGGCUGUCCUUUGACUUGGCAUGGGUUCUCCACUGAAGCCUUUUCUGGCCUAUGGGAAUUUCUCAAACUCUCUGCUGCUUCUGGCGUUAUGCUAUGCUUGGAGAAUUGGUAUUACAGAAUACUAAUAUUAAUGACUGGGUUCCUACAGAAUGCCACUUUAGCCGUGGAUGCUUUGUCAAUCUGCAUGACUAUCAAUGGCUGGGAGAUGAUGAUUCCUCUGGCCUUUUUUGCUGGUACCGGAGUUAGGGUAGCCAAUGAGCUAGGAGCUGGGAAUGGCAAGGCAGCACAAUUCGCAACAAUAGUCUCCGUGAUACAAUCGAGUGUGAUUGGGAUCUUUUUUUGCGCUCUAAUCAUGAUACUCCAUGACAAGUAUGCUUAUUUAUUCACAACCACCACUGAAGUGCUUGAAGCAGUUGAUAAGCUCACUGUUCUAUUAGCUGUUACAAUUCUCCUAAACAGUGUUCAACCUAUUUUAUCAGGAGUGGCUGUUGGAUCGGGAUGGCAGGCAUGGGUUGCAUAUAUAAAUCUGUGCUGCUACUAUGUCGUUGGGCUCCCACUUGGACUUGUAAUGGGAUUGGUCUUCGACCUUGGAGUUAUGGGUAUCUGGGGUGGAAUGAUUUUGGGUGGGACUGCAAUCCAAACAGUGAUUUUGGCUAUCAUAACAGCACGAUGCGAUUGGGAAAAGGAGGCUGAGAAAGCUAGCAUUCGCGUAAAUAAAUGGUCAAGUCCUAAUCCACAAGAUGAAGAAGAAGAUCAAUAGGAGGUCCAACAAUGACAGCAAUUUUGAUGGAUUUUGGAAAUUUUCACUUUUAGGUGCACCAGCCCGCGGUGUAUACUCCCUAAUAAUAUACAAUUCUUCUGCUAAUCCAGUUUUGGAUAAUUGAUUUUUA